UACACACGAAGUCAGAGCUUUCCCUAUUUAAUCAAUUCUGUAAACACGGCAUCGUCUCAAGAAAUAUGUGCGUAGUGCAUACACACAAAACCACUAAAACAGACUCAAAAUGAAUGUAGUAUACAUGCCAGACCAGUAUGUGGCGCUUUAAUUCUGCCACAGAUAUACACUAAAAAUGGAGAAGACGACUUGAAGCAUGCACAUAAACCUAGUAUGUAGUCUAGGGCUGGGCGAUAAAACAAUAACAAUAUUUAUUGCAAUAUAAUUUUCCUAUAAUAAAAGUUCGAUUAAUGUUCAAUAUAAUGUAAGCAACGUGGAAGAAAUGCUGUGCAUGCGUGGUACAGACCGGGCUUCCGGAAAGCUUAGAGGCUAUGCAAAGUACAGCUCGUGGGUGACAGGCGAAGAGCGGAGUAAGAAAAAUGUGCCCUCGACCUGCGAAAAUAUCGCAGAUUGGUGAAAGAUGCACGAGAAACCCUUUCCAAGAGCGAGCAAACUAGCACCUCAGUACUUGUGCACAUGGCCGUACCCGCCAUUAAGGUCCCCUAGGUCCAGACCUCGGUAGUUUUGUUGUGGAAAAAAAUGCCAUUUGGUAGAAAACGCCUAGAUAACUGAUCUCAGAUCUGAUCUACCUCAGCUGUUUAACAGCACUCUUAAGUGUCAAUCUGAUUGAGUUGGCCAAUCAAAUGAAGAAAGGCGAGGAUUACUGUCCAAUCUAAUUAAAGAAUAGGGAUGCACCGAAUGUUCGGCCACCGAAUAUAUUCGGCCGAAAAUAGCAAAAAAGGCAUGUUCGGUGUUCGGCCGAAUUUGUGAAAUGGCCGAAUAAUUUUUACCGAACAUUGACGCAGCGAACGUAACGUUAGAGUUGCGUGAGCGUAUAGUGAGGCACGCAAGCUUGAAUAAAGCAGUAAACAUGUCGGCAGUGUGGAAACACUUUAAAGUGUCUGAAAAAGACGCAAAAUUUGCUGUGUGUAGUCACUGUCCUGCAGAAUUGUCUAGAGGGGGUACAUCUGCAAAAACCUACAGCACUUCAAGUUUGAUUCAACAUUUAAAAUCAAGACACCCCGAUCAGCAUGCAGAGUAUGAGAAAGACGCGGCAGCGGCAUCAGCAGCGAAAAGGAAAGUUCUUUCCCCCACACCCACUCCAUCUGUAGUUGAUUUUUUAGAAAAGACCAAGAGGUUUGCCAGCGAUAGUGCCAAAGCUAAAGGAAUUACUAAAAAGAUAAUGGAAUUUAUCGCAUUGGAUGAUCAGCCAUUCUCCAUAGUAGAGGAUGUUGGAUUUGGCAGGCUCAUUGAUUUUAUUGAGCCCCGUUACACCAUGCCUAGCAGACGGUAUUUCUCAGACGUGUGCUUACCUGAGAUGUAUAACGUCGUUUCAACUCAGGUACACGAGCUCUUGGCUACAGAUAUUACAGCACUCAGUUUCACAACUGAUAUAUGGAGCUCGGAUGUAAGCCCCACCAGCAUGCUGAGUUUAACCGCACAGUGGAUUGACAAAGAUUUUAAGCUACGAAAGGUUGUGCUUCACUCACAAGAGUUCAGGGGGUCCCAUACAGCUGCAGUUAUCUCUAAUGCAUUCAGCAAGAUGUUUGACACUUGGCAUAUAGACCGAUCUAAAGUGCAUGCGGUAGUCAGUGACAACGCAAGAAAUGUGACCAAAGCCAUGGAGGAAAGCGGUCUGAAAGGGAUACGCUGCACGGCACACACAAUUCAACUAGCAGUUCACGAUGGAUUGUUGAGUCAGCGCAGUAUAGCGGAUGUGAUAGCGAUUGGCAGAAAAAUGAUUGGUCACUUUAAGCAUUCUCCGCUUGCUUACACGCACCUACAAUCUGUCCAAGAGCAGUUCGGAAUGCCACCAAAACGUCUCCAACAAGAUGUAAGCACUAGGUGGAACAGUACAUAUUAUAUGCUGGAGAGCCUUUUUGCGCAAAAGCGAGUCCUGGCUGCAUACCUAGCAGAUCAUGAACUGCCUGCGACUUUCACAGCAUACCAUUGGGUGUUAAUAGAGAACGUGCUCUCUCUUCUGGCCCCAUUUGAGCAGAUAACAAAGGAGAUAAGCUCAUCUGAUUCAUCUGUGGCAGAUGUUAUCCCCUUACUGGCAGCACUGAAGCGUCUUCUAAACAAAGAGGCUGAAACGGACCACGGAGUGAAAACAACUAAAAGUGCACUGUUAGAGGCUGUCUCCACACGAUUUAGUCAGGUGGAGUCCGAACCCCUGUACUGCAUUGCAACUGUGCUUGAUCCUCGUUAUAAAGAUAACUAUUUUGAUGUGGGAAAAAAGCAGCGCACACGAGAAAUGAUACAAGCAGAGCUGGAGCCGCUCGGUGACGUAGACGGUCAGGGGACGCACAGCGCAGGAGAAGCGGGAAACAACACGGACAGAAAACGGGCCCGUACUACAGAUGAGCCGCACACAUCAUCGCUGUCCGACAUGUUUGAAGAGAUCCUCCAAGAAAAUAUCCCGAAUGUACUACAGAGGACCAGCUCAACCGCGCAGCAGUUAGAUUGUUAUCUCUCAGACGUCCCCAUCCCCAGGAGCAAUAACCCUCUAGAAUAUUGGAGGAACAAUCAAAGCCGCUUUCCCGACCUGGCACAGAUGGCACGCAGGUACUUGUCUGCUCCAUCUACAAGUACUGACAGUGAGAGACUGUUUAGCGCUGCAUCUCAUAUAAUUGAUGAAAAGAGGAACCGACUUUCGUGUGAAAAAGCAGAGAAACUCCUUUUCAUCAAAAAGAACCUGCCACUUUUCCUUAAAAAAUAGGCUAAGCAGGCUUAUAUAGCCUAUUCAUGAAUUAUCUUUUAUUUGUUGUGGGUUCAUCCACUUUGUUGUACUUUUUUCAAUGCAGUACUUAAUGCAAGUUUUUUACAGUAAAUAAAUAUACAGUUACAGUCUUUAAGCAGACAGUUAUAGGCCCAUGGCUUUUCAAAAAGGGCCAUUAAAAGAUGACCAAAUAUUUUAUUUUCCUAAUUUAUUUGUAAGUUAUAUUGUGCUUAAGUUUUCUGAUUGUCUGCUGAUAUGUAUAAUGUUCAGUGUUAAAUAAAUAUUUUAAAUUUAAUAGUUUUGUUAUUAUUAUAUAUAUUUUAUUGAAAAGCAAUACAAAAUAGUAAAAAGCAUAUUCUGAUUAUUUAUAUAAAUGUAAUGUGAUAAAAUGGGCUAAAUAAAUAGCAAAAUUGCAACACAAAAAUACAUGUUCGGUGUUCGGUAUUAUUCGGCCUUCGGCCAAGUGUUUCACAUCAAGUUCGGCUUCGGCCAAGAAUUUUCAUUUCGGUGCAUCCCUAUUAAAGAAGGUGUGAGUUGCUAUUGACAGAAGUCAAGCUCGAGUUCAGUUUCUACUGUGAAAGAGCGCGAUUUAAGUAGAAUAACUGUUUAAUGUUUUAUAGAAAUGUUAGCGGCCAUUCACGUUGUAUCUAAAAAAUGGGUGCAAAAUGCUGACUAAAGCUAAGUUUAGUCAGCAUUUUCCCUCGCUUUCUCCCUCUUUUCGCGCUUUCUCCCUCUUUUCAGAGUGCCCAGGAGUUUACACUCUCGUUUUGAGCGUGCUUGACGAGAGUCAACAUUUAAACAACAAACCUGAGUAAACGACCGAUUGUAAUAUCCAGUAAUCCAAACUACAAAAUGCCGAAAACAAUUUACGUGUUUAAUGUCAGUUUGACGCGACAAAAACAUUACCAGACCUCCACUAGUUCAUGCUAAACUGCGUGGCUUUGUGUUUAUUGAUUGUGGUUAGCCUAUUAAAACAACUAUAUGAUUUGCAAAUAAU